CUAGUAACUUCUGGCAAGUACCAGAGCCUGUACUAGGAAGUCAUUUGCAUGUUAUUUGAUGAUAACAAACAGCUGCAUACACUGGAUAAGUUGAGAGUGUGGCUUUGAAGGAACACCAUGGAGGAACAAACUGCAGACAUAGAGGUGACAGUCAAAACACUAGACUCCCAAAGCAGAACCUACACUGUUGGUGCUCAGUUGACUGUGAAAGAGUUCAAGGAGCAUAUUGCACCUUCGGUGGGUAUUCCUGUGGACAAACAGAGGCUGAUCUACCAGGGCAGAGUCUUACAGGAUGAAAGGACUCUGGCAGACUACAAUGUGGGUGGCAAGGUGAUACACCUUGUGGAGCGGGCGCCCCCUCCACCCUCCCAGCCUGGCUCAGGGUCGGGAGGCACUUCAGCCGACAGUGGGCCCUCCUCAUCCUCCCAGGGAACAUCACAAGUGCCUCCACAUGAUCGCAACGCCAACAGCUAUGUAAUGCUUGGCACCUUCAACCUGCCUGUUAAUAUCAUGGACCCCCAGCAGAUACAGAUGUCAGUUCAGCAGAUGGUGUCAGGCAUGGGAGAGAAUGCCAGGAAUGCCAGAGUCACUACCAGCACUGGGAGCAAUGGGACUGUAAAUGUGCACAUUGAUAUGGACCAACCAGUGCAGAGUGAGCCUAGGCUGAGGCUGGUGCUAGCUGAGAACCUGCUGAGGGACAUCAAUGAUGUUAUCCACAGAAUGGAGGGUCGGCCCAGCGACUCAUCCUCCCAAACAGAGACAACUUCUGCUGCUGCUGGUGCUGCUGCUGCUGCUCCCCCUCCUCCCUCAUCUUCAUCUACCACUUCAACUCCCUCUCCCUCUGCCCAGCCCAUGGACACCUCCCCGCCUCCAACAACUCCCCCACCUCCACCCACCUCUUCAGCACAAUCUGAGGGACCAACACCCCAACCUGGACCCAAUCAUCCCAGCCCAGCUGAGUUGGCAGAGAUGUUGUCCGAACUGCGGAGGGUGGAGGAGAGACUGCAGCCUUUCAUUCAGAGAGCUCACACUAUCCUGGAGACAGCAACCACCGCAGAAUACAACAAUAAUACAGAGAGGGAGGAGGACCAGCGCACUCUCAUCCUGACGUGGGAGUGUCUCCGUCUCCUUGGCAAUGCCCUUGUGGCCCUCAGUGACCUGCGAUUGAACCUCAUGAGCCCUGUGCCCCGCCACCUACAUGUGGUCCGGCCAUUUUCCCAUUAUGCCACCCCAGUCACUCUGCCUGGAGCUGUGCACCACCACAUCCCAGUGCAAAUGAACUUGGGUGCCACGGUGACUAACAGCACAGAGGGACAAGCCCCACCCACCCAGCCGACCAACCAGUCGGAGCAGGCAGGUCAGGGACAGACCUCCCCCCCACAGACUUCCCCGUCCAAUCAGCAGGCUGGACAGGGACAGGCUGGCCCCCGGGUCAUCAGGAUCAGCCACCAGGCAUUCCCGGUGGUCAUGAUGCAGAUGAACACGGAUGGCCCUGGUGCAAACCCUGCUGCAGCUGGACAACAAAUGCCUGGACAGCCAGGUGCCCUCCCCCCUGACUUUAUGCGGAAUCUCAUGCAACAGAUCAGCCAGUAUGCUGCUGCUGUAGCUACUAGUGCUGCCACUACCACUGCCACUGGCCAACCAGUCCCACCCCAGCCCACCCCCCCUGGCUACAGCUCCACAGCCAACUCCUCAACUACCACCACUGGUCCUAACACACCCACCACCACCCCUACGGCUCCCCCACCACCUCCCCAUACUGGCCCCCAGCCCCAGGCCAGAGUUGUGUUCACCCGACCACCCUUUGCACCCAACAUGCCCCCCCCAGCCUAUGGCACCCGUGGAACCACCAUUAAUGUGAGGGCCGCCAUGCCAGGCCAGCAUCCAGGGCAGGCUUUCAACCCUGCUGCUCUCAACCAGAUGAUUAGUGGAUUGGUUGGACAGCUUUUGCUGCCAGGACAAAUGGCUGGACAAACAGUCACAUCCUCCUCAUCCACGUCCACACACACACCCUCUUCUUCCUCCUUUUCCUCCUCCUCCUCUCAAACCUCUUCAUCCUCCUCCUCCUUUUCUUUCUCCACCUCGGGUCCAACACCUCCGCCUGCCGCAAACACUACUGGCCAACCGAGCCAGCCUGAGACCAACAACAGUGAGUCCCAGUCCCAGGAGAUGCCCCCAGACCUCAGCCAGCUCCUGGGUUCUCUCCUAGGGGUAGCUGGUGGGGCAGGCGUAGGGGCCCCUUCAAUUACUGUCACCACAUCUGGUGUCCCAGCCUUCAUCCAGGGUGUGAGUGAAUUCAUGCAGGCCUCCCAACCCAUCUUCUCUCCACCCCCACCUCCUGCUGGUACCACUCCUGCUGGUACCACUCCUGCUGCAGGGCCCAACCCCACGCCCAACCCCCCCGGGGCAGCCGAGGCCCUCAACCCAGAGCUAUUCACGGGCAUCGUCCGUGGAGUCCUGAGCACCAUGAUGGGCUCUCUGGGUCAGGCCCAGAACGACACAGAGAGCAUCGCCCAGUUCAUGCAGAGGCUGUCCCAGGCAACCAACAUCUUCAUCAGUCCUGAGGAUCCUACUGGGUUUUUUGGAGAGUUGCUGAUGCUGGUGUGCCAGACGUUCACCAUGUCAGACCUGGUAAUGUUGCUUCAUGGCCAGCACCAGCCCCUGGGUCGCAUCCAGCCUCAGCUGUCCCAGUUCUUCACCCAGAACUACCUCAACGGCAGAGAGCCCACCGAUGAGAACAUUGCUGCUGCGGCUGACAGUCUUGUCAACGAACUGGAGGAGUACAUCACUGAGAGCUUUAGAGAGUCUUCAGUCACAGUGCUGGAGGGCGUUGACGCCACUCAGACCAACAUGUCCUUCUUCAGACAGCAGCUGCAGCAGAUUGCCACACACAUUCUGCGAUGCACUGAUGACUCAUUUGGCCCCCGGCUGCUACAGAUGUGUAACCAGGCGCUGUUUGAGUGUCUUGCCCUCAACUUGCACUGCCUGAGAGGAGACCAGAGAGCCCUCACUGCAGUCAUCAACCACCGAAUACGGAGGAUGUCCAGUGACAUCAGCCCCAGCCUGGUCAACUGGAUGACCAGCAUGAUGACGAUGAGGCUUCAGGUCAUUCUGGAGCACAUCCCUGUCACACAGGAGCAGAUCCAGAACUACAUAGUUCACACGCAGGGAGAUCAGUCUUCUGAACCUGGCACACAAGAGCCUGAACGAGCACAAAGUGCGACGAUUGGGGACACCUUCUCACCGGCUGCAGCCACCACAGCAGAGGAGGCCAUGUCGGUGUCACAUGACACGAGGGCGUCGUCACGGGAAACGAGGGUGUUGCCUGGGGACCUGGGAGCCUCGGGAGGAGCCGCGCCUCUAGGUGGCGACAUGGCAGCAGCCGGAGCCGAGGGAGGGAGUGAGGAGUCUGCUCGAGACUCAGAGGCCUGGGCGGCUGCUGUUCCCCCUGAAUGGGUGCCGAUCAUCAGGUGUGAUAUGAUCACCCAGAGGAAGAUGAAGGCUCAGCCUCCGUUGUCUGACGCGUAUUUGCAUGGCAUGCCAGCUAAACGCAGGAAGACAGGACUGGGUGGUGGAAGCCUCCUCUCCCUCUCUGAUGCAGUGAGUCAAGCAGCCAGGUCAGCAGGAGUGAGGCCCAUCACUUCAGCUGAGCAGUUACAGGACGAUCUGGAGACCCAGGAGCUGAAGGAAGCUUAUGCAGAACAGGUUAAAGCAGACGUCAAGAAACGAGUGAGGGAAGACCCGGAUUUCAACUCUCAGCAGUUCCCCAAUGCACACAGAGCCUUCUCGUCAGACUCAUAAUUCUACUGAUAAGAAACCUGCAUCUUUUUACAUCUUUAUUAUUAUUUCUUGGAUCUUCAUUCAACGACUCACCGAAGCUUCACUCCCAAACUGCCUUUUAUGCAGUUAGCAGCACUAUUGACUAAUUGCCUAGCGCUAAUGUGACAACUUCCCCAGUGCCUAUUUAUUUCUCUGUGUUGGUCCAACUUCUGCUGAGAGAGUUUUCCUUGUUACAAAUGUAUUAUAUCAGAUUUAAGUUUGACUUAGGUCACUUUAAUUCUGUUUGGAUACAUGUGUAUGUCUGUAUUUUUUUGCCCUCUUAUCCUUGUGUUGCUUUGUUAAUAUGGAGCCUGAAUUGUCAUUAUUUAGUGAACUUUUGCCUUCCUCUCAACACUCUGGAGCGCAGGAGUAUACUUUCAUGUGAUGAACAUGCUGUUUGGUACAUGAAUGUACAGUAAGCUUAAUAAAAAUCUUGAUACGA